AUGUCUCGCAUCGCGGCUUCCAUCUUUCUCGCGGCCGGUCUGGCCUUCACCGCAAACGCGCAGGCUCCCGUCUGGGGCCAGUGUGGCGGCAACGGAUGGAGCGGCGCGACGAGCUGCGCCGCGGGAGCGUAUUGCUCGUCGCAGAACGCGUGGUAUUUCCAAUGCGUUCCCGGCACCACGCCUCCCGCGUCUUCGACCCGCGCGACGAGCGUCCCGGCCUCGACCACCGUCCGGACCACGACCACCUCGGUGCGCACCUCUUCCUCCGCCGCCUCCACUCCGACCGCGGCUAGCUCGCCCUCCGGACCGAAGUACUUCAUCACCUUCGGCGAUUCCUACUCCCAAACCGGCUUCAACAUCAACUCCACGAAACCCAACCCCCAGAACCCCCUCGGCAACCCGGACCUGCCGGGCUGGACCGCCUCCGGCGGCCUCGACUGGGUCGGCUUCAUGGUGACCCAGUUCAACGCGUCCCUCGUGUACAGCUACAACCUCGCCUACGGCGGCGCGACCACCGACGCCUCCCUCAUCGCGCCCUACGCGAGCACGGUGCUCAGCUUCAUCGACCAGGUCGCCGAGUUUUCCCGCAGCCUCGCCCCCAGGCCGAGCUGGGCGCCCUGGACCGCCGACAACACCCUGGCCGGGGUCUGGAUGGGCGUCAACGACGUGGGCAACUCGUUCUGGCUGAGCAACCGCGAGGCGCUGCUCGUGCAGGUCCUGGGGAAGUAUUUCGAGCAGCUGCAGGUGUUGUAUAACGCCGGCGUGAGGAAGUUUGUGCUGUUGAGCGUUCCGCCCACGCAAAAGACACCGCUGAUGCUCGCCAACGGCGCCGAUUCCAACGCCCAGCUCGCGGCCGCGAUCAAGCAGUACAACGACCUCAUCGUCAGCAACCUCGCGGCGUUCAAGACCAAGAACGCGGGCGUCACGUCGUGGGUCGUCGACACGACCGCGGCGUUCGACAAGGCCAUCAACAACCCGACGGCCUACGGCGCGCCCGACGCUACGUGUUACAACGCCGAUGGUGUGAGCUGCCUGUGGUUCAACGACUACCACCCCGGUGUGCAAAUUCAGAAGUUGGUGGCGCAGGCUGUUGCGCAGGCUGUUGGUGCGCCUUGGUUUAAGGGUUAG